AGUGCUAUCCGACCUAGAUGGAAAUCAAUGGAAAUCAUAAUUCGGUUAUGCUUCGCUUAUUUGGAUGCAUUUACAGGACAGUUGAAAUCCUUACAGUCGAAGUUGUUUCGUAAAAACAUGUGUAACUUUGAAAAGACACCAGUUUUUGAGAACGAUAAAUACCCAUUCACCUUAGAUACUCAUACCAAGUCACACUGUCUUAUUCCACAACCUUCGGUAUACAAAUCUCCAUAUUUUCGUCGAGAUAGUAAUGAUAGCACAACUUCG